UUUCUUUCUCUCUCUCUUCAUAUGUGUAAAAAAAAGUUGUUAAUCUAGAGAGAGAGAGAAAGAAAGAAGUUAUAUUGUAUUCUCUGUAGAAUUUUGAUCAACUUUGAAGCAGCUUUUUUGGAAAAGGUUUCUAGUGAUGUUGGAGAGAUUAUUUGUAAGUUAAGGGUGAAAAAGUAAUGUAAGAAACUCAUGGGUAGAAAAGGGAGUUGGUUUUCUGCUAUCAAAAAGGUUUUUACUUCCAGCUCCAAAGACAAGCUACCAAAUGAAAUAGAGAAGAAAAGUUCUCACGAAAAGAAGGGUCGAGGAAGAUUAAAAUAUGGAGAAAGCAGAUCGUUUAUCCCUCUAUUUAGAGAACCAAGUAGUAUCGAGAAAAUAUUGGGGGAAGUUGAUCAACAGUUAUUAUAUAUUGGUCAUCCUACACCUGUUGAACAACCAACAACGCCACAACCUUUAUCAUCCGGUAGACCUGCCUCUCCAAGAGUCAAUUCUAAUCGGGUCGCUUCUCCUAGGGUGCCUUCUCCCAGGGUGGCAUCUCCCAGGGCUGUUUCCCCUAGGAAUUCGCCCCCCAGAGUGGCCCGUAGGCGCACAGAAAUCAGCUAUAGACCUGAGCCAACCGUACGACAACACCACCUAUCGGCUACUAUUAUUCAGGCUGCAUAUAGAGGUUACAUGGCAAGGAGGAGUUUCCGAGCUUUGAGGGGUCUUGUGAGGCUGCAAGGAGUGGUGAGAGGCCAAAAUGUGAAGCGACAAACUGUGAAUGCCAUGAAACAGAUGCAACUUUUGGUGAGAGUCCAAACUCAGAUUCAGUCAAGAAGAAUCCAAAUGCUAGAAAAUCAAGCACUUGGACGUCAAACACACAAAAACGAGAAAGAUGGGGAGAGUUCACUUGGCAAAUGGACCUUCGGUAACAUGCUGGAGGGUGAUGAACACUGGGACGAUAGCUUGAUAACGAAAGAAGAAAGAGAGGCCAGAUUACAAAAGAAGAUGGAGGCAGUUAUCAAGAGAGAACGAGCUAUGGCCUAUGCAUACUCCCAUCAGUUAUGGAAAGCAACACCAAAAUCAGCUCAAAACGCUCUCACAGACAUUCGUUCAGGUGGAUAUCCAUGGUGGUGGAACUGGUUAGAACGUCAACUACCUUCUGACGAACCCACAAAACCUCCUGAGUUCACACCCACACCAUCACGCCCACAUGUAAAUCGCAAAACAAGCCCAAGACCUCAAUCUAGCAUGUUCAGACCAAGUGAUUACUCAUUUGAAAAUCUUGACACACCUACACCAAAGUCAUCAAAAUCAACAGUUCCACCUAAAUCUCGACCGUUUAUGACUCCUACAAGAACCCCACCUUCAACAACCCCGAACCUGAUGAAAUAUCAUAAAUCAAAAGGCAGCACAUCGGGCUCACCUUACCCAAUGAAAGACGACGAUAGUUUAAUGAGCUGCCCCCCAUUUUCUGUUCCAAACUACAUGAGCCCAACCGUAUCAGCUAAAGCUAAAGCUAGACCAACUAGUAAUCCUAAAGACCGUCUCACAAGCACCGCAGCGAGUGAGACAUCAUCUAAACGAAGAUUUUCAUUCCCUUUAACACAAAACAUUGGGUCGUCGUUCAAGUGGAACAAAAAGUCUUCAAAUAAGGACUCUACGACAUUGCAGGUUCCUACAGUUUUGCAAAAGCAUAAGUCUCCAAGGUCUAUUGGAGAUACGAGCAUCGAUUCUGCUAUUUCUAUGCCUGCCGCUUAUGGAAGGAAACCAUUUAACAGAUUUGUGUGAUUUUUUAUUUGUUUGUUAUCUUUUUCUUUUGGCUUUAAAUCUUGGUGGGUUUUCAGUUAUUUGUUUUGAUAUCUGAUCCUUUUACAUUGGUAAAGUGAGUGUAUGAUCCUUUUACAUAUUUGGUUGAUUACAGAAUGUUGAUGUAUAAUAAUAAACAAAGCUUCUUGAGUGUAAAA